AUGCCCCUGGCGAGGGCGCCGCAGCGAGGCGUCAGGAAGCUCUUGGGUGGGAUUCCCCGGCUCUCUAGCCAUGCGAGCGCCUUCGAGCACAUUUCGCGGAGUGCUUCAACGAGCCCUCCAAGUGCCAGCAGCACCUCGAGCACCUCGAACACCUACAUCAAUCUGGGAAAGUUCGAGACGCUGGGCGCAGACGUUGGCCGCGCGGCCACGGGCCUCGCCUACCUGGAGGAGACUUUGCGGGUACAAGAGGCCGAGUAUGCGGCCGAGGAGGAGGAGCUGCGAAAGACCACGAAGGCAAUGCCCCUGGCCAUGAGCCUCCACGAGGUCGGCAGGCAGCAUCACCAACUCGGCGACCCCACACAGGCGAUUGUGUUCUACCAACGUGCCAAAGGCCUAGUGGAGGAUGCGAUCAGUGUUCGCAUGGGCUCUUCACGCUCUGAUGGGAAGCGCACAAAGGCGCUGACCUAUGCGCUCUUCACGAAGUCCGAGGUUUGCAGCAGCCUUGGCGCGGCCUACCACGAUGCAGGGCAGGCCGAGGAGGCACUCUUGCAGCACCAGCAGGCCCUGGAGCUCCGCAAGGAGAUCGUGGGGAAGGAACAUCCUGGCGUUGCAGAAUGUGUGAACAACUUGGGCAACAUCUACUUCGCUCGAGGCUCCUACCAAAAGGCGGCCGAGCAUUUCGAGCAGGCUCUGGCCAUCCUAGCUGCCUCCUGUCCUGACACACCCUUCGUGGCUUUGACUCUCUACAACCUGGGCCUGUGCCGGGCUCACCUGGGACAGCCACAACCUGCCGAGGCUGCCCUCAAGCGCGCCCUGCGCCUCGCGGAGCGGCUGCUCGGCUCCGAGCACCGGCAGGUGGAGAUGAUCCGCCAGACGCUGGAGAAAGGCCUCGACGGCACGAAACCAUUUGGGUCUUGA